UUAAGUUAGGGUUCUUAGAAUGGCUUAAGCUUGGGCGGGGUAGGGGGGAGAAUGCCGCCGUCCAAGAAGCUGAUCGAGUGCACGGCCUACUGCAGCUGUGGCUACUGCUGCAAUUGGGAAUGGGGAAUCAAAUUGCCAGGCUUCUACUACUUGGGGAUCUCGCCAUCCUGGGUUCCGUUGCGCUUCCGCAAGAGAAAACGGGGGUAUUUGGACGAAGCUGCAUUGCCACUCAUUGCAAAGUUUUGGACUGCCACUAGUCUCUCUGGAUCUCCAUACUACGGUCUUACAUCUAAUGGCACUUUCCCAGCUCAGGCCAGACCACCAAUUUUUUCAAAGCUCAGUUUCUUGCAGUACCACAAGCUCCCAGCUCGUUUGCUUCUUUUCCCCUGGAGACUAUUUCCACGCCAUGGAACGAUCGCAGCUGAUACAAACUACUAUCCUUUUGGAACCAGGAUGUUUGUUCCAGGAUAUGGCUGGGGAAAGGUGGAAGACCGUGGAGGUGCGAUCAAAGGUCCUGCAAGGAUCGAUCUGUAUCAUCAAUCACACAACGAGGCUAUACACUGGGGAAGACGCAAGUUACAGGUACUGGUGGUUCUUCCCGGACAAAGCGUGCUAGAUACAAUGAGAAUACCCAAGCCACUCAAGAACUUGCUUAGAGGUCUCGACUGGGUACGUUGCUUGCUAUUUUAGAUAUAACUAAUCUGCGAUGUUUCCGAGAGUGAGAAACGAAAAAAGAAGAACAGGAAGUCUAGAAGAUCAAACACUUACCGGUAACUUAUCGUCCUUUGGGAUGCACAAGCUGGGAGAAGACCACGCUAGCCGAGGUGUCUUCCGAGCCAUUCUCCUCGAAAGACAUCAUCAUCGUUGGCUGUCGCUCGAUCCGGUGUCUGCCCGGCCAGAUCAGAGUUCCAUCCUCGGGACAUCUCUAUGGGCUCUCCACUGGCAAAAGCUGGGAAGGCUGAGUAAUAUCAUGGUUCCAAGGCUGGCCGGAGACUACACUCCCGAGUCUCUCCAGAAGUUUGGAGAGAUCGCCGAGAGGUGUCUUCCACAAACGGUGGAGCUUACUAUUGUUUUUCAAUUGCCAUCAAAGUGCAAUUAAUCUAUAGCAUGAAGAACAAUAGCAUGUGGGAUAGA